AUGAGCCUUCGAUUUCUUGUUUUUCUCAAACGUUUCUUUUUUUUAUACGUUAAAUAUUUCUUUCUUCCUUUCUUUCUUUCUUUCUUUCUUUCUUCCAAAUUUUAUUUUUACUUCAUCACAUUUUCUCUUUUUCUUUUCCCAUCCUCUUUUCUUUCUUUCUUUUUGCAUGCCUCGUUUCUUUUAUCAAUUUCUUUCUUUCUUUCUUUCUUUCUUUCUUUCUUUCUUUACGCCUCGUUUGUUUUUACCAAUUUCUUUCUUUCUUUCUUUCUUUCUUUCUUUCUUUCUUUCGUUUCUUUUAUCAAUUUCUUUCAUUCUUUUUUUCUUUCUUUCUUUCUUUCUUUCUUUACGCCUCGUUUGUUUUUACCAAUUUCUUUCUUUCUUUCUUUCUUUAUUUCUUUCUUUCUUUCUUUCUUUCUUUCUUUCUUUCUUUCUUUACGCCUCGUUUGUUUUUACCAAUUUCUUUCUUUCUUUCUUUCUUUCGUUUCUUUUAUCAAUUUCUUUCUUUCUUUCUUUCUUUCUUUCUUUCUUUCUUUCUUUCUUUCUUUACGCCUCGUUUGUUUUUACCAAUUUCUUUCUUUCUUUCUUUCUUUCUUUCUUUCUUUCUUUCUUUCUUUCUUUCUUUCCAUACGCCUCAUUUCUUUCUUUUUGUUACAUUCCUCCUCUAUUUUAUUUCAUUCCCCUUUUCUUUCCCUGCUAACUCCAUCAUCACAAAAUGUUUCCUUAUACUGUCAUCUUCAUCUUGUCAUUCUCCAGCCUCCUGCGUCUUGCGGGGGAAUUAUUUUCAUCCAAGGUCACCGAGUUGAAAGGAGGUGGACGCCUUUGUCUGUCAUGGCCGCUAGCCGAAAAAAGAGGACCACUUGGCAAAGUUAG